AUGAGGUACGGGCAUGGGUACAAAGUGUGAAACUGCUGUAAGGAAAUUACAAGAGGGGCCAAUAACCCCUUUAUACUUGAAGGGGGGAGACCAAGUACUGCUUUCACAGUGUCCCCGAUCCUUCAAACCUUUGUGUAUUUGAACAGAAAUGUUCAUGUUAAAAAAUAUUAAUAAUUCCUUUAGGUUUUGCACUAAAUGCUGCUUUCCCAUGUUUAGAGAAGCAGCAUUUGGAAGAUGCAACCAAUAUAGCAUGCUCAAUUUCUUCCUUAUCUUGACAAUGUCUUAACACGCAUGGCAUUUUGGGAGUUUGUAUUGGCUAUAGGGUUUCUAUGGAGUCAAUGCAGGCAGUUGAUUGCUUAGUUUCUUGGCUAAAGAGCUGCACAGUCAGACCAGAACUUUUAUUUUGCUUAAUAGUUUCACUUAUGCCUAAUUGCACCUCACCUGUAUCUGAUCAAUUAGCUAGCAGGCUUUUAAAAAGAAGGGAUCAGCAUGCUGCAGAGUGAGGAGGAAAAGCUAGAGGAAUGGUGUCUUGCAGUUAUACGUUUUGUAAAUUGGCAAGUGGAAAAAGCCACCCAAUUCCAGAUAGGGAUUUGCUGUGUAUAGUAAGUGCUCAUGCAAGAGCAAUGAAUUUUAUUUUGUUAAUUUUUUAUUUUGAAACACCUGUAUAUAUAUUUCACCGAAUAAAUCUGAAAAACUGAGCUGGAUGUGUCUUGGACUUUCAUUACCCUAGAAUGCUGUGGUUACAGGAUCUGUGACAAAAUACUACCUGGAAAAGAGGUGGUGUGUUACACUAUAUAUAUAUAAAAAAGCAUGUAAGACAAGGUAUUUUUGUUUUGAUGAAACAUCGACUUUUUUUUAUUUAAUAAAGCUUUUUUUUUGAAAACCCAGAGUGCUGGCCUUUGGAAUUUUUAUAUAUACAAGUGUUGCUGAACACUGGGUAUUCUAUGCUUUAAAAGUUGGAGUGCAAGGCUUAUUGGAUAAAAAAUAUAUAUAUAUUUUAUAUAUAUAAUUUUAUAUGUGUCCUGAUGAAAGCUCCGAUCGGGAGCUGAAAGUUGACAUCUCUGGAUUAACUAAGAGUAAAUCGGAUGAACAAAACCUAGAUAUAUUUUAUGUCUCCAAAAUAUGUGGUUCAAAGCAGAACCAUUGGAUCAGGAGUGGGGAGACUCUUCCAGCGAAAGAGUAAAGGUUAGUUUAAUUUUAACCAUUUCAGUGCCAAAAUAGAGUAUGCGUCCGUAUUCUAAAGACUUUAAGGAGCAUACCAAUAACAUAUAUAUAUAUAUAUAAUUUAUUUUUAUUUUAUUUAUUUUUUUAUUUUAUUUCAGUGUUUGUUUUGGCAAUUGAUAUAAUGUCAAGGGCUGUAUGUAGUAGCGGUUACCCAGGGGUGAAACUCACACUAAUGUGGGUCAGGUUUGGGACAGUAUGAUAUUAGGAGGCCCACACUAUGUAUCAUUCCCGACAGCCUGUGUCAGUUUCGACUUAUGUGCAGAGACAUGCACUGACAGUCUCUGCACAUACAACUUGUACUGAUGUAUUGAGAGGUGUUCUGAUAGUCGCUGCAUACAGCCUGUUUUUUCUGAAACUGAUACCAGCCAGUUUCAUUUUUAGAUGGCAAGUUAAGAUAAUAUGUGCUUAAAACAAAUAAACCCAACACGUGGUGUGGUUUCGCUCAGCUGUUCUGUUUCUUGCGAAAUCUCACAGCCUGAAUCUGUUCCCAAAGCCCUGCUGUCUGUUUGUUCAGGGUGCCUGUUGCUGUCCGUUCAGGAUGCAUGUUUGAAGCGUUUUCCAAUGAUCUAGGAUAAUAUCCUUUUUGACCCCAGAAAGGCAGUCAGAUCUCUCCUUGGAUCAAAAAGCUAUUACCCCACAGAUUAAAAUUGAUAUCCCUGAAUUGUUCAAACAUCAGCUGCUGCCUGUUUGCCUGAUCAAUAAUCCCAUUAGGUAUUUGCAAUCCUGCACUUUUCGCCAGGUGUAGCAUUUCCAUGAGACACAUUUAGGGGUACCAGAAUUUCUACUCACCAGGCUAAAUUUUAGAUCACCAAUGGCGACUGGAAAUCCACUGUUGCCUGAUUUUGUUUUUUACGGGUUGCCUGCUGGUAUCUGAUUUGUUCAGGAUGCCCACAGCUGUCUGAUCAGGUAUAUCCCUCGCCUUUUGUCCAGGAUGCCCACGGCUGUCUGAUCAGGUAUAUCCCUCACCUUUUGUCCAGUGGGCCCUCUGCUGUCUAUAUGUUCAGAAUGUCUCCUGCUGUUUGGUUUGUCAGGAUGCAAACCUCUGCCUGGUUGCUCUGUAUGACUGUUACUGUCUGCUUGCUUGUUUAUUUGAUCAGGAUGCCAAUGAAUGAAAAUCGUGAUCAUUCCAUGGGAGUACACCUGCCUUCGUUGGGAAAGUAAAUAAACAUUUACAUGUCAAUGAGUUAUAGGUGUUCAUCAGCUGUUUCACAUACCUUACAACUUCCAGCAGAUGCAGCUAAACUGUCUUGCAGUGCUAGUACAUUCUCAUUAUCCUGUUAGUCGUUAUUUACAUACACUUACUGUCUCUUUAUCCAGGUAAUGCUGCUAAUCUAUUCCUCAUACACUGUGGGCGUCCUGAUUUAUGUCCUUCAAAACUAGAAAUAUUAAAAUGUGCCAAUCCUGGCAAAAUACAUUGUUAUGAUUAUUGAUAUUAUUGUUAGUCUAAUCCUCCCCCUCCCACUGCCUUCUGGUUUUCAUUGUGGCUGAAAGUGAGCAAUGCCACAGAUUGUGAUAGCAGAUAACAGCCAAUUGGCCUCACUCCUCCAAUUCCCUAAGUAAAAUCACAGGAUUUAUUCCUGAUUAUGUUUCUUGCUCAGAAAAUCAUUCCUAAGCUUUCUUCAACUCUUCCAAUAUUUUAGUUUCUGCCACUUCUUCUAGAAGGCUUUUCCUUGAAUCUACUACACAUUGUAAAGCAUUUCCUGAUCACCUAAUUGUCCCUCUUGCUGGCUUCAAAUUAUAACCUAAAUUUGUUGGUUAAUUCUGCUUUCUGUUAACAUUUUGGGUUUGUAUUUUUUUCUUUUGUGGCUAACAGAUGCCUCUUUUUUUUUUUUUCUUUUUUCACAGAGUUCCUCUUUCUAUAAGACCUAAGAUGCCACAAGUUUGUGAGGCCAGGAUUGUUAGGGGAAAGGACACAACCGUUAUCACCACUCAACCCAAACCAGCAGGAAAACUCCUAAGCUCUCAUCGCACAGUAAGUCAGGAACGACAGAGCUCAGCAUAUUCCACAACCGUCUUCAGUAAUGGAGUACUCCCUGCUCAGAAGCUCCGUCCCCUUCCUCCAAGGCCAAUCGUGGAGGACAAGGUGAAGACCACUCGAGGUCGUGCUGCACAAAGGACAGAGACUUCAAGUUCUGCAACUAAGAAAGGCCCUAUGAAGGGCAUCCACACGCUCAAAAUUGCACACUCCUCUACCACCAAUAAUGUAUCAACUCCACCUCUUCAGCAACGGGCAGGAGGCCUCUCCCGCUCCAAGUCUGUGAGUUACGGAGACCUGAGGCUAUGCACAGACAAAACAGAUGAGAUCACCAAUGGUCUAGCUCGGGUGGAGGUCAGAGAGCGGAGCUCAUCAUCAAGCAGGAAGCCCCCUUUAGACCCUGCUGUUUUAAAAAGAAGCAGUUCACUGAAAAGACUCAAUGUGAUGCCCACGGAGGACAUGCAGUUGAGGCAUGUCAAUCAAGCUCUGCGAUUGUUCAGAGCAGACAUUUCCAGCAAGACAACUCCCAUUAAGAUUGCAGAUGGCAAGAAACCAUCUCUGGCCUCGAGCCUACCUACCACUGUAGCCCCCAUCUGCAAUGGUAUUACAUCACAGGACAAAAGCCAGACUGUUGCAACUCCAGUAAGUGCAAACCUCUCUAGUAAAUCUUCUUCUAAGCUGUGAAAAUAAUCUGGUGCUCCAUAUAAUUAAGUGUCACAAAUAUAAAUAAUUCCAUCCCAUAAUGUGAAUUUGGAUGUCCUAGUUUUCAUUCGACAGGGUUACAAUGUUCCUUUUCGCUUUUAGUGAGUGUAUAAUUCAGAAAAAAACUCAUUAUAAUGUCAUACGCUUGUCACUUGCACAAUGUCUUGUCAUUCUUUCUUUUUUUUUCAUGAAUGAGACCCGUUUGUGGCCAAAGUUCCAUAAAAGGACCCUCCAAGCACCAUAACCACUUUCUUUCAUCCUAUAUGUUGCUGUUAAUCUAUAAGGCCAACACAUCUCUUCUAUAAAAUCACAGGAUUCUCUUAAUAUUUUACAGCAUGUUCAUGCCGUACAUAUUCCACUUGUACGAGCUUUCUUAUGCAGUAGCUGUCUAAGGGUUAGAUUCUAUUAAAUGAGAUAGGGAUAGCUCUGGUACCCAAAGCCAUUUAUCCCACUAAUGUCAAUGGGAGAACUGCUGCUCAGUUACCAGAAGUAAGUUUGUGUAAUUUGACAGAAUUCAGCUCUAUGUGAGUACCUAGUCAGGAUCAUUGCAUAUACGUCAGUUAAAGUAGCUUAAUUUCUGGGGGAAAAUAUUACAAAAAUUUUUUUUGAAAGGUAAAGGGACACUAUAUGCACCAAAACAACUUUAGCUUAAUUAAGAAGUUUGGUGUAUAGCCCCUGCAGUCUCACUGCUCAAUUGUCUGCCAUUUAGGAGUUAAAUCACUUGCCACACCUCCUUGUCUAUGACUUGCAAAACUUUAGUAUACACUUCCUGUAAAGAGAAAUCUAAUGUUUACAUUUCCUUUAGUGCACAUUCUGUUUAAUUUAGAAUUUCUUAUCUUCUGCUCUGCUAGUAGCUUGCUUGACGUUUCAGGAGCCUCCUGUAUGUGAUUAAAGUUUAAUUUUACAGCACAGGAGAUAUAAACAUUUAAAAUAAGUCGCAUCUGAUUGAAAAUGAAACCAUUUUUUUCAUGCAGGCUGUGUCAGUCACAGGGGAAAUGUGACUAGGGCUGCAUAAACAGAAACAAAAGUGUUUUAACUCCUGAAUAGCCACAAGUUGAGCAGUGAGACUUCAGAGGCAUGAUCUAUACACAAAAACUGUUUAAGCUAAAGUUGUUUUGGUGACUAUAGUAUCUCUUUAAUGGUAAUUUUCCACAAAAAAAACACCUGCUGUCUGUACUUUUGGGUUCAAAAACUGAAAACAAUGGGAGGACAUGGAUUGACUAGGAAUUCACAGCUGCAGUCUUACUACAAGGAAUACACUGAGUAUAUUAUUAUUUGUAUUCUCCUUUAUUGCAUUUAAAGAUGAUGAAUGAAUUCAUUAAAAGAGAGGUCAACUACAGGAAAAUAUGCUACUAUUUAAACAUUUUUGAUUUUGGACUGCCCGUAUGGGUGGGACCAGUCUGAUAUGCUUCAGAGAUGUUCUCUCUGUAAUGGCACAAGAUGAGCUAAAACCAGCUUGAGUUCUGAGCGGGGAUCCAACGAAGGGCAGGCUAUUUCAGUUGCUGCCCGUUGUCAGAAUACUCUUGUGACUCGUUUUUUGCUCUAUUUAAACAUUUUACUUGAUUCUCUGUGCAGCUGUGUCUUUGUAUACUAUGUAUGCAUUGGCAUGGUCAACUAGGAUUAAGGCACAUAAUUCACAACGUGGGCCAGGGACCCAUGCUACUAUGUUGGGACUCUAUUUUCUACUCCCUCCUCCUCUGAAGAUCUCCCUGGAGAAAAGCAGUGUGACACUGCAGCUAAUUAAUCCCCAGGAGAUGAGCUUGCAGAGACACCUAGAAUAGUCUUGAGAAAAAUCCGAUGAGAGAGGAUGAAGCAGGGAGACCUAGAGUAAGAGAUUGGAGAGGGUGUCCCAUUAAGCCUCGUCAUUGCCAGGAGGGACGCCGUUUGUAGAGGACAGGCAGGCAGUUCUGCAGAUCCGCAUCAUGCCUGGGUUGCAGGGAGCCAAUUUGGUGGAAUUACCCCAGAAACUGCAGCAUAGACUUGCUGAUAAGAAGGAAGGUCAAGGAAUGAAGGCAGACAUCUCUGAAUCGGUUGUGCACACGGCUAUGAUGGGCCUUCUGCUAAUGACAAGCGAGGUACCGUACACAUUACAGCUGAUAUCAACUGCCGAAAACAUUUUAGAGAAAAUGUAUAAUUUUUACCAACCUGCUUUUUCAGUAUUGUCGUUCAGGACCAGCUGUAGUUUGACGUGUGACUGUUGCCUGUCUUUAACCUGUUCGAGUAUAGAGUAUUUUUUAUAAACACACUAAAUAGCACUUUAUAUGAUCUGUUCUUCGGCUAAGCAAAAAAAAAGAAAAAUAAAUUUUCUUUCUCUUGGUUACUUGUAGCCACCACGGAUUCCUGUCCUUGGCACCGGACGCAUUGGUCUUCGGAAUUUAGGCAACACAGUAAGUAUAUUUACCUUACGUAAUGUUUACAGGGUAUUUUUUUUUAUGAAGGUCUGACUCUUUAGAAAUUCUAAUUUAAAUUUGUCUGGAAACAGCCAACUUGGAGAAUUUUUCUAAUUUAGCUAUUUUACUUCCAUAAAAUAGUGAAUACAUGUGUUUCUCUUUACUGAAUAACAGUAUACACAGUGGUUAUCGUCCUGAUUGUAACUAUAAAAGAGGAAUAUUUGAACUGGGUCCACAAUGUCUUGUAAUGGUAUGACAUCCUCGUUUAUUGUCUGAUGAAAUGAAAGCAUUUAAUCACAAUUUCCAUACAACAUUAAUCUACACAGCUCAUCAUAUCACUGUAUACAUUAGGAUAUUUGAAGACUUUUUUGGAGAUCAAUAAAACUAGAAAAUAUAUUUUUAAAAUUUCCCAUGGCUGUGUUUUUCUGUUUUUAAUAUUUCUUGAAGUCAUUGAAAUAUAUUGACAUCUCCUAGAAGUUUGAGUAAACACACUUGAACGCCCAUGAGGUCCUUGCUUUUACCUAGGUAAUAUUCAGUCCCAUUCCUUAGUGUAAUUUUUGUUACCUUGCAUUCUAAAUCUGACGUUUCUUGUAGUGCUUCAUGAACGCUGUUCUCCAGUGUCUGAGCAGCACCAAACCCCUGCGAGAUUAUGUUCUCCGCCAGGAGUACCGACACGAACAGCCUGGCAGCAGCAAGGGCCAGCAGGAGCUCACGGAAGGUAUGUAUAAGGAUGUAUCCUCUUUGUGUGUUAGUGCUGGAAAUUCUGUCUGUGUUAUUUAGGCGGAUAUUCAUGUAAUGUAAAACAUUAUGCUUUAUAGCUUAACUAAAAAUACCUAUGCAAACUCCCAUAAACCUUAAACAUGCAUAUAUCGAUAUACGUUUGUUUGUGUCCAUUAUGAUAAUUUUAUUUUAUACAGGAGUUUAACCCCUUAAGGACCAAACUUCUGGAAUAAAAGGGAAUCAUGACAUGUCACACAUGCCAUGUGUCCUUAAGGUCAUCAUUCCUUUCUGAUAUUACAUGUGUAAAUCAGGUUACUACUUUAAUCUCCACGUUUUUUUGUUUUUGCAGUCUUUGCUGAUGUUAUUGCAUCUCUGUGGAGUCCUGAAGCUACCGAUGCUGUUAACCCGUCCCGGUUAAAAUCAGUCUUUCAAAAAUACGUUCCGUCUUUCACCGGCUACAGGUAAGUGGGACAUGGUAGAAUAUGUAAUCUUCUAAUCUGCUUUCACUGCCACUUAAUCUGACCAGGGAGUGAGAGGAGCAGACUAAGGGUAGAGAGAAAGCACGAGCUGUACGGAUUGUGUUCUCCGUAAUCCAACAUGGAACGCUGCUCACUCUGAUUUAUAACAGUGAAGGACAAAGUCUUCUACCAGUAAAUGCAUACAAUUAUAAUGUAAAAGCUUGCGUUACAUCUUAUCUCCGUGGUUUGCAUGGGACCGGUCACGUGUCAUCCUGACUUACAGGAAUGAGAGGACGUGAUAUGUUAUCUUCCGAUCACUGUGAGUCAGUAUGUUAAAGGACCACUAUAGGCACCCAGACCACUUCAGUUUAAUGAAGUGGUCUGGGUGCCAAGUCCAUCUAGGAUUAACCCUUUCUGCUGUAAACGUAGCAGUUUCAGAGAAACUGCUAUGUUUACUUUCGGGUUAAUCCAGCCUCUAGUGGCUGUCUCAUUGACAGCUGCUAGAGGCACUUCUGCGCUUCUCACUGUGAAUUUCACAGUGAGAAAACGCCAGCGUCCAUAGGAAAGCAUUGAGAAUGCUUUCCUAUGGACUGGUUAAAUGCGCGCGCGGCUCAGGCCGUGCAUGCGCAUUCAGCCCUUGAUGGGGAAAGGAGGAGGAGAGUCCCCAGCGCCGAGGGAGCCCUGCGCUGGAAAAAAGGUAAGCCUUUAACCUCUUCCUCACCCUAGAGCCUGGCGGGAGGGGGGCCCCGAUGUUGAGGGGGAACCAAGGACCCUAUAGAGCCAAGAAAAAUAGUAUGUUUUCCUGGCACUAUAGUGGUCCUUUAAGGAGGAGAACCAAAGGGGGUCUCACAAACUGUUUCUACUAUCACCUUGCACAGAAAAAGACAUUCUUUAGAGGGGACUGAACUCCUUUUAUUAAAGGAACACUAUAGUGUCAUGAAUAAAAAUGUGUAUUCCUGACAUAGGUGUGAAACACCAUUUAGGUACCCGCCCCCCCCUUUCCGCUUACAUUUUUUCAGCGUCACACAGGUCUCUUUAUGGCUGGUCCAACCCAUGCUCCGCCCUCUUUGACUGAGAUCAUCAAUUUUGUGAAAGCAUUGGGAGGCUAAUGUGCAUGUGUGGCUGAGAAGGCAAUGUUAACAUUAACAUGUCUACAGGGACAGACACCAAAACCACUACAUUAAGCUGUAGUUGGUCUGAUGACUAUAUUGUCCCCUUAAGAGUUUUCUUAAAUAAUUACUGUAUGCACGUGCUGCUCCAGGCCUUGGGGUUGGCCUCAGCCCCUAGUAGCAAUAUUUAAAUGAACAAAAAGAGUCCAGACAUUAAAUGCAGCAUUACACAAGGCAACAUUUUGGUCACAAAUUGUGACAUUUAUGGCUUAAUAAAGGACAUGGUUUGCCGUGUGUAAUGCUGCAUAAAUUGGCUGUUUAAUACGCUGAGUGCCUGGACCCUUCUUGUUCGUUCUAAUAUCAUCUUGUAUAGAGACAGCCGGCAACCUCACUAGAACAUGGGGCUGAAUGCGGGAUGGCCCUGAUCACCCUGGACAAAGGUGAGUAGCCAGGUAAGGAAAGGAAGAAUGAUGAUUGUGGUUAAAAUUGUAAACUUUAUAUCCCAUUUUUUUUUUUUUUUGGUUCAGUGGGUAGUGUAAAAACAGGAGAAAUUCAGUUGAGACAAAAUAACCCCAAUACUUUCCACUAUUUAUUGCCUUCAUGUGCUAUGUGUAGUUAAUUCCUAUUUUAGUCUUCGGAUCCUGGUACCCACUAAGAUGUUGGAACACUCCAGACCAGGCAACCUUUGGCAUUCCAAAUGUGAACUACAUCUCUCCUGAACUACAUCUCUUCUAAUGCUUUGCCAGCAUUAUGGCUGUAAGAGCAUUAUGGGGGAUGUAGUCUACCACUUCUGUAGUGCUGAAGGUUGCCUAUCCCUGCACUAGACUUACAGUGUACACAGUGCUAGCAUUGCUCAAUCCCUAUAUUUUUCCUUUCCAGCCAACAAGAUGCUCAGGAAUUCCUUAAGUUUUUCAUGGAUCGAAUUCAUGUUGAAAUUAAUAGAAAAUGUAGAAAAACUCCCAGCAUCCUCUCUGACACCAAACGCCCCAUGCCUGUAGAACCUCAAGAUUCUCUCAGGUAAUUAACUGUUUGAUCACAAUGUUGUGUUAUGUUAAAGUGUAAGGAAAUUGACAGGAUAUUAAUUAAUGUAAUAGAUUUUGAAGAGAAAUUCUUAGUUAAAAGAAUUGUCAAAGUACCAUAACCACUGCAGCCCAGUAUUAGUAGUAGUUAUGGUGUAGGAGUGUCCUUGCUCCAUUCCAGCAUAAUUUGUCAAACUAUUUUAGCAUUGUUAGACACCUACCUGUAACCCUCUGACCAUCCACGCUGCUUCCAGAUUCGCAUUAGGCACUCAUGACACUAUAACCACUUCAGGAGGCUGUUCAUGUAACUAAUUAUACAUUGAGCUGAGUUGAAAAGAAAUAAAGUUAAAGGAUCACUAUAGUGUCAGGAAAACAAAGCGGUUUUCCUGACCUUAUAGUGCCCUGAGGGUGCCCCCACCCUCAGGGUCCCCCUCCCGUGGCGCUGAAGGGAUUAAAACCCCUUCAGCUACUUACCUUUAUCCAGCGCCGGGCUCCCUCGGCGCUGGUGACCUCUCCUCCCCGUCCGACGUCACUGGAGCUGAAGUGGUCUGGGUGACUAUAGUACCCUUUAAUGUGAUGGCUGGGCGUUUGCAUGGGUUUAUAGUGUUUCUGCUUGUGUUUAUUUUAAAAUUAUGGAUCCAAGCACUCCAAAUGGGAAACUGCAGUCAUUCAUCGAAAUCAGGAUAAAUGAACCUGACAUUCCAACCACACCAUGUGGUCUUUAUCAAAUCUAAAGAUUAAAUUGAGAUUCGAGAAAAACCACAUGGCAUGGUCAAAAUGUCACAUUCAUGUCUUCUGAUUUUGAUUAAAGACUUAAAUUUCCCAUUUGGAGUUCUCAGAUCUGUAAUUUAAAAAUUGAUUGCAUAAUGGAUUAGCCACCCUGGGUCCUUGGCUGCACUAUUGGGAGUUUUAAUUGAUGGAAGCAUGCAGUCCCUAUUAUAUGUAAAUCUGUGCUCAUUUAUUUCAUUGCAGUUUGAAAUAAAACUUGUUGGAUACAAAAACAAAAAUAGUUUUGAGACAGCUUCUUAGCAGCAUUACCAUUACAAUAAAGUGUGGUGGUUAUUUUGCUUGGAAUGUCUUUUUAAAUAAAAACUCUCCGUUAACAAUUUGUUAUUUUUUUUUUAUCAUAGCUUUGUUCCUGCCCUAAGAACAGUUCCCUUGUAGUAAUACUUGUCAGCAGUGAUUGAGAUAGAUCUGGCUUGACCGUGCUCUCAGAGGUUAAGUGAAAAUUGCUGGGAAUUCUAAGUGAAUUUCAAAUUUAAGGCCAAAAUAAGCAAACUGAAAGCAUUGUUGACUAGGAGAAUUUUUACAGUUUUACUAUUUUGGCCUUAAAGGGACACUAUAGUCACCCAGACCCCUUCAUCACAUUGAAGUGAUCUGGGUGCAACGUCCCUGUCCCCCUUAAUCCUUCAAUGUAAAUCAUAGCAGUUUUACAAAAACUGUAAUAAUUACAUUGCAGGACUAAGACUGCAUGAGGACAUCCAGGGUCAAUAAAAUACCCUUAGAAAAACAUUGAAGCAAUGCUUUCUUUUGGGGAGGGCCUAAUGCGCUUGCGAUGCAUUAGGAGGAGAAGACGGAGUGUCGACACUGGAUUCGAGUGAGUAAUCAGAGUUGUUGUGUUUUUUUGUUUUUUUUUAACCCUUUACAUGCCGGUGCAUAGGCGAGAGGGAGGCGGCAGGAUGCAGAGGAAACUAUAGUGUAAGGAUCUCUGUAUUCCUUACACUAUAGAAUCCCUUUAUAUCUGAAUUCCUGACAAUUUUCACUUUUCUGUAAAAACCCUGACCAUAUCAAUGUGGUUGGGAGCUUUAGCAUGAUGAUCUAAUGUUGUAUAUUGUCUCUCUCUUAGUGAUGAUGAAAGAGCCAACCAGAUGUGGAAGCGUUAUCUUGAAAGAGAAGACAGCAAGGUGGUAGGUGAGUGUUUGGUAGAAGAUAGCUUUAGCGUGGUGUCUCCCAGUAACCACAAGGUCUCAAAUCUUAAAGGAACACUACAGGGUCAGAAACACAAACAUGUAUUCCUGACUCUAUCGUGUUAAACCCACCAUUUAGGUUGCUCCCUCCCCCUCCCCUUAGGCCUCUAAAAGCAAUUAAAAAUCACCUUAUAUCCAGCGUCGCGCAGGUCUGCCUGCGCUAGCUCCGCCCCCUUGGUGACAUUAUCAGAAUUUAUGGAUUUUUAGCCAAUCUAAUGCUUUCCUAUGGGAGUGGCCUCUUGGAGGUGUCCCUAGGGGCAAUGUAACCACUGCCUUUUAUCUGAAAAGGCAGUGUUUGCAUGAAAAUGCCUGAAGGCAAUGAUCGUACUGACCAGAACAACUAUAUUAAGCUGUAGUUGUUCUGGUGACUAUAGUGUCCUUUUAAAGGAACAGGAAUAUAUAAAUCCUGAUUGCUUACGUGCAUUUAGAUAUUUUAGUAAAUCAUCCUAUCGUGUUUCCUCAGAAUGGUUAAAAACCAGUAUGUAAUAUGAUACAUGAAAUACACGCUUAAUAUAAUGCUACAGCUCCUCUCUUUCUACCCAUCAUUUUAUGACUUUAGAUCUGUUUGUUGGCCAGUUGAAGAGCUGCCUUAAAUGCCAGUCUUGCGGCUACCGGUCGCCCACAUUUGAAGUCUUCUGUGAUCUGUCUCUUCCAAUCCCCAAGGUAUGAGCUCUAUCAUUCAGGCUUAGUUAAAUGAGAGUUGUUGGGACUUGAAUUCGUUUGCAUCUUCUCACUGUGAUUUUCACAGUGAAAAGCACGCAAACGCGUCUAGCGGCUGUCAAUGAGACAGCCACUAGACUAGAGGCUUCAGAGGUUGGAUUAACCCUAUUAUAAACAUAGCAGUUUUUCUGAAACUGCUAUGUUUAUAAAAAAAAAAAAAGGGUUAAUCCUAGAGGGACCUGGCACCCAGACCACUUCAUUAAGCUGAAGUGGUCUGGGUGCCUAGAGUGGUCCUUUAAUGAAUUUGGUGACUAUAUUAUACCUUUAAGUCUAAAAUAGCUGAAUUGGGAGAAUUCUCCAAGUUUGAAAUUCACUUUUAAUUUAAUUUGAAUUCACAACCAUUCUCACGUAAGUGAAUAACCCUGAGACUCUCAAUGUGAGGGGGGGGCAGGCAGUGUCAGCUGGAUGUUCCACAGAAUAUUUCUGUCAAACUCAUUUGCUCUCACUGGCCCAUAAAUCUCACUUUUCAUCUUUUCCAUUUCCUGUUUACACUUUUUUCUCCCUGCGAUAAGUUGCUGGCUGAUUGCUUCGUGCUUCACCCUGAUAAAAACAUGUGAAACCUAUCGCCAUACUGUCAGCGUAUCUGCAGCCCUUACUCUAAGAUUACCCUAACGCCCACGUAAUCCCCUACUGAAGAUCACAGAAGGGAUUUCACUGACUAAUUAUAAUCCCUUCUUGAAGUUUAUUUCUGCUUGUCUUAUACACUAGCUCUGAGCAAUAAAUCUUCUCCCCACUUUCCACUUCACGGGCCAUUUAACAUUACCUUAAUAGAUUUCUAUAUGUUUUUAUUUAUACUGUAUUUCACCUUAUUAAUCCCCAGUAUAAUUCCCAUCACUGUAACCCAUGCAUGGUCCUUUCUGUUUAUGAACCUAGCUUGAUUCUAUUUCAUUUUAAUAUGCAUUGCACUUAUUGUGUGUAAUCACUAACCUUUGUGAAAUGCUCUUAAAAUAGAAAACAUGUAUACAUUGCAUUAGAUAAACUAUUAGAAAAUUCAAAGAUGGUUAUUUAAAGGGGUUUUGUUAAUGCCUGAGUAGGGUGCAGCAUGCAUUCUUGCAUCUCUAUAAUCAACCAGUUGCAAGUUGAAGCAGUGCAUUGUGGGACUGAGAAUUUGCUCACCAGCAAUACGUGGGAUUUGUAUAAAUCAAAGACGAUUUCAUUUCAUUAACCCAUACAUUAUUCAAGCAAUGUAUAGUUUGACUGUCCAACUCUUAAAAGAUUAUUAUUGUCUGCAUGCGAUCUAUUCCCCCUCUCCCCCCCCCCUUGUUGUCUAUUCCAGAGCCUUUCCUUUUGCCAGGCAGGUUCUUGGUAAAUGCAGAAUAUAAUGUAACAUCACCUCUAUCUACUUUUCUCUGCAGAAAGGCUUCACAAGCGGGAAGGUCUCUCUCUUAGACUGUUUUAACCUCUUCACAAAAGAAGAAGAACUUAACUCUGAAAAUGCCCCGGUAAGUGAGAUUUCCAAGUGUUUGUUUAUAUCUGUAACUUGGUUAUUCCUUAUUUUCCAAUCCACGCUACAAAUUGCAGGUUUUUGAUCUGUUUGGAUUGUGUGUCAGACAGGUUGUUCUUUCUAGAAUUGCAUUGCCGUAUUAUUCUGUAUGAAAUCAUCCCAGCUGCAAAUAAGAGCCAGGUUACUAUCAGGAAACCUAGUUGGCAGGUUUUGUAUCUAUAUUUCUCGGCAAAACAUAAUUUAAUAAAAUUUCAUUAUAUUUGAAAUUUAAAGGACACCAUAGUCACCAGAACAACUACUAUUUAAUGUAGUUGUUCUGUUGUGUGUAGCUUUUCCCUGCAGACGUUUUAAUGUAAAUUCUGCCUUUUCAGAGAGUACCUAUUAACACCUCUAGUGGCAGUCACCCAGACUAGAGUUGCAUCCUGGGUCAAUGCUGCACAAUGUGUAAUUUGCAUGAAGGCAUUGAAUGUUCCUCAUAGAGAUGCAUGUAUUUAAUGCAUCUCAAUUAGGAGAUGCUGAUUGGCGCAGCGCAGCAUUUUCCUGCGCAUGCAGAACAGCCUCCCAAUGCUUUCCGAUGGUGCUGGAAUCACUGUAAGUUUAUUUUUAACAAAGGCGAGGGGGACUGCCAGCUAACGUGCUUUUAACUUUUAAUUUUUUUUUACUUUAUUCUUGAAAUCUGGCAUGUUUUGAGAUAGAUUUAUAAUCUUAAAGGAACAAUAUAGUGUCAGGAACACGGGUUUCUAAUUCUGACACUAUAUUGUUCCUUUAAGAUUAUAAAUCUAUCUCAAAACAUGCCAGAUUUCAAAAAUAAAGUAAAUGUGCUUGAGCUGCUCAAAGCUGCAGCAUUUGUUGUGAUUGCAGUUUGACAUCAGACUAAAAAACGCUGACAAAACUGUUACAUGCUUUCUCUCCCCCCAGAUCUGUGAUCGCUGCCGGCAGAGGACAAAGAGUACCAAAAAGCUCACAAUCCAGCGCUUCCCCAGAAUACUUGUGCUCCGCAUCCUUUUACUGUCAUUAGAUGAUGUUGGUUGCUGCCAUUCCUUUUAUAAUAUUUAUAUCAGACUGGUUGUUAUACACUUCCGAUUCCAUAUAUUUGAGUAGACUAACAUCUGGGCCUGCGCUACCACUAGGCAACAAGCAGCCUCAUAGUGUGCACCGGUCCGGGGGGAGGUGCAGUCUCCAGUGUCCGAAAGGACCACAGUAGAGGACAUUCCGUAUAUCCUGCACCCGGUCUGACAGGAAACUGUUUGCUGAGAGCACAAAACAGCUUCCUGUCAGACCAGGUAGAGGACACAGAGUCCUCCACUGCGGACUGCACUGCCAGCUACUUGAAGGUACAAAGAAACACACAGGGCUGAGCAGGUGGGGGGGGGGGGAGGAGAGGGAACAGAGGGCCGAGGGGAACAAAGAGACAUAUGGAGGGCUGGGGAGGGGGUAAAGAGACACAGAGAGGCUCGGAGGGCAAAGAGACACAGAGGGCUUGGGGAGGGAACAAAGACACACACAGAGAGGCUCUGGGGGCAACAAAAUACACAGAGAGCUGGGGGUGGGGGUCAAAGAGACACACAGAGAGGCUCUGGGGGCAGCAAGACACACAGAAAGGCCCUGGGUGCAAAGAAAAACACUCAGGGCUGUGGGGACAAAGGCACACAGAGGGGAGGGGCUGAGCUGGAACAAAGAGACACACAGAGGCAUGCUGGGGGGGGGGGGACAUAGUAGUUUCACGUUUUAUGCUUGAAAUGUUUUCUACAAAUCUGUUUUUAAAAAUUGAACUUGACAAUUUUCGUUUUUUGGGGGAAGAGGUAAUAGCUAGUAUUGCCUAGUGCACAAUACAGUCUAGCACCGACCCUGACUGACAUUUUUCAAUUCUAGUGAUGUCAACACAGGGAAAUACUGAAACUCUUUCAACUGAGGUUCUGUCUAUAUUAUUUAGUGAGUGUCAAGUAGCAGUGUAAACGGAAUCACUGAGGGUUAUUCAAAUAUGCGUGUGAGCUUAGAGGGCUUGUUCUUCUUACUGCUGUAAUAGGCUCUGCAAGAAGCUUGCAGUAUUAUCAUGGUAACCGAUCAAAAAAGCUCUGAUAAGAAAAAAAAAAUAUUAGCUGCACCAUCUGUUGUAAAAUGUCCCACUGCUCCAUUUACUGGAAAAUAUAUCAUCUCAUCUCUAGGGAACCCUAAUCCUGUACCCAUCCUAAUAUUUGUUAUGUAUGUGUGUGUGUGUGUGGUAUUUUGGCAUAUAUUAUAUAUAUAUAUAUAUACACACACACAGAGUAUUGCACUAUUCAACAUUACCUUUUUUACUGGACUUAUAAGACAAGCUUUCAAGAGUUUUCCUCUUCCUCGAGUCUGAACCAAUAAUGAUCGAUAUGAUAGAGUUUACCAUAAAACAACUAAUGUUGUUAGAGAAGGGGAGGGGGUUGAGUGGGUAGUCACUCAAUCCUCUUCCCUUCUCUUACCCACUCAACCCCUUCCCCUUCUCUAACAUCAUAGAUAAUGUUUGGGAGGAACCUGAAUACUUUUGCAAAUAUGAUAUCUCUAUUAAUUUGUUUGGUGGUCCCUUUAGUAGAAAGCAUGUAGCAGAUCUACUUGCCUCUUCUUUUUCUAGAGCUCCACCAUCUUAUGUAUUUUCCCUGGCAUGCCAGAAGCAAAUUUUCGCUCUCCAAUGUGUAGUGGUGGGUGGAAAUUUUGAGCCCUGAUUGAGGGAUGUUGUGAAUUUUGUAGUUUUCUAGGAAAUGUUCAGUUUCUGUUCUUUUCCUCCUUUGCAUUUUUCUUAACUCACUCCCAUCCAGAUCUGAACAGGUUCUCAACCACAAGGUUCUCCAUUAAGAAAUGCUCAGUCUUUGUGGACUUCCCUCUGCAAAGACUCAACCUCAAGGAGUUUGCCAGUGAAAAAGCAGGUGAGUCUCUAUGACCACUGACCGGUCAUAAAUCUAGGAGACUGGUCCACCUUGUUCUGCCUCUCUCCUUCUUGUUUGGUCUAGUUCCUCCCUCCUGUUUUCUGCAUGUUCUUAUGGUCUUGCCCUCUCAGUCUCUGCCUCUGUUCCAUCUGUUGAUUUCACGUGUAUGCAGGGCCGGAUUGGGGAUACAAAGCAGCCCUGAAAAAAAAAAUCUAUGCCAGCCCCAUAAGUCAUUGCGCCAUAUAUUGUUGCAUGUAAUAUGUAAGGCUAUGUCUUGCCACCCCAGGUGAUAGAGUAAUAUAUACACACACAUAUAUAUAUAGCUUUUUCUAAUAUAAAAUAUUGGUCCUUUCAGAGUAAAACAUUUAAUUAUACAGUAAGCAUACUCACAUGCAGACACAGACUAUCUCACUGACACACACAAGCUCAUUGAUACACAGCCUCAUAGACAAACAAUCUCACUGAUAUACAUAAGCUCAUUGACAUAAAAACACAAGCUCACUCACUAGCACACACACACAGAGCUUAAUGUAGUGGUUCUAGUGUCUAUAGCCUGUCCCUGCAGGCUUUUCAAUGUAAACACUAACUUUUCAGAGAAAAGGCAGUGUUUACAUUGCUUCCCAGUGACAGACACUCAGACGGUCACUGGAGGCGCUUCCUGUAUCAGUGCGGAUUGGCGGAGAUCAUCAAGCUUGAUGAUCUCAGUCAUAGAGCCAGGGCCAGUCGAGGGAAGACCAGCACGAAGUUGGGGAAAAAAAAAAGGUGAGUAAAAACACUAUUUUUAAAAACACACACAGACACACCCCAUGACAAAUACAUAUACCAUGACAGACACACACCCUAUGACACACCAUGACAGACAGACACACACACAUACACUCCCACUCCCACUGACAGACUGGCAUACAUACUUGUUGCUACCUGUGUGGGUGGGCAGACUGAUAGGUGUGCUGGCGGUCUGCAGGAAGAGCUUGGAUGACGUCCUAUUCCGUCCCCGGUCUAAUCCCUGCAGCCGCCAUCCAAGCUCUCCCUGCGGCCGCAGGUCACCCACAUGUCUCCCCUGCCCCAGGUGCCGACGGCCCACCGGGAAACUUCCCAGUAUCCCGGUGGGCCAGUCCGGCCCUGCGUGUAUGCUGUAACAACCACCUCCCAAGAAGAGAAGACUAGCUGUCUGAGGCAGUGAUUAUUAAACUAUUCCUCUGUUGCCAUUACAAAGUAUUGUCUGUAUUCCCCUUGGAGUGGAAUUGGAUCUCUUAUAUCGUUGGUCAUUGAGAACCACAUUGAGCAGGUGUUGGCUCUGUGCUUACUGUACCUGUAUCCGCAGCCAUGGGAUGAAUCUUAGACCGUUAUACUGCAAAUUAGAUGACUGAUUGCACAGACAGGGCUUUAUAUAUGUACGGUAGGCAACGUCCUGCAUAAAUAACUUAGACCACACAAUAAACAUAUAGACACAGUUUAUUUAUAUUGAAAUGGGCUAGGCCUUAAGGGGCAUAAAACUAUAAUUGCAUAACAAUAAACACAUUUACAUAAACUUUUAACUUCCACAACCACCAUAUUGCUAGUCACUCUUAGCUGACAUGGCCGCCUUUUAUUUUAAACCGUUUGCCACCAUAGCCUUCCUCAGAACUUGCUUUACAACACCCCAACAACAAUAAUUAUAAAGAAAUAAAUUAAUAAAUGGGGGAGGGAGGGCAGGGGGGACGUUAUCACUGCUCCUUAAUUACAAAAUGGCUGAUGGCUUAUGCUCACACUGCUGCAAUUUAUUCCUACCUAGCUUCCCGUGCUUCUCUCAUGCGUGUGCUGCAUCCAAUUCCCAGCCAGCUUGGGUCCCUCAACAACACCCAUGUCAUCACUUCUGCACAGAUACCUGUCUAACUAUGCCCAACAACCUAGCAAGGGGCCAUGAGCCUCACUUUACUUUUGCUAACUAUGCAGCAAGGGCAGCGUAACCAUUUAUUGCCACCAUACAUGUAUGUCACAGUGCUAUGUGCCUGUGGUAUUUAUUUUUGACACAAAUUACUUGCUGGAUCUUCUCCUGUUAUUCCCCUCAAAAACUCUUUCAGGGACUUUUUUCUCAUGUUAACAAACUAAAUAUUUAUACAAACACUGAAGCUAACUGAAGUGGAAAUUAAACGAGGUGGAGAAUGUUUCCAUUCUUACGUACGUAUUUUCUAACAAUGACAUUUCUGUGAAAAGAAAUCCGUACGUGAUAAACCAAAAAAAGAAGUUUGCCUCCCAAAUUCAGUUUUAAAUAUUAAAGGAACAAUGCAUUAAAAAGGGGAUACCAUUUCCUAUAUAGAUCCCUUGAUGGCUGCAAAUGUGCAGAUUCUUCUGAAACUCGAAAGUGACAGCCAAAGUAUCAGCCAAUCUUGACUUUCAUUGUUUUCAUAGAGAGUGCUCUGGAUAGUCCAUAAACAAAGAUGUAUUCCUGAACCUAUAGUGUUAAAGCCACCAUCUAGCCACCUCUAAAUAUAAUAAAAUGUUACCUCUAUUGCAGUCUGCUGCUGCUGGCUCUUCCCCUGAUCUGCCUGUUCGGCUGACAUAAUCACAAGUGAUGAUCUCAGCCAAUCACAAUGCUUUCCCAUGGGAAAUUAUUAGAUUGGCUGAGAAUGCUAAGGACGCGGACUGGGGGCAGAGCCAAAAGCAGCUCUGGCCAAAUAGGAACCAUCUACUUAUAGAGAUUAACUAAAUCAGUGCAUCUCCGUGAGGAAAGUUCGGUGUCUCCAUGCAGAGGGAGGAGACAAUGAAUGUCAGGAAGCACCUUCAGUAGCCAUCUGAGGGAAGGCCAUUGGAGGUGUUUAUAGGCUGUAAUGUAAAUACUGCCUUUUCUAUGAAAAGGCAGUGUUUCCAACAAAAUCCCUGCAGGGACUGACAAUAUUUUCCAGAACAACUCCAUUAAGCUGUAGUUGCUCUAGUGACUAUAGUACCCCUUUAAACACAGCUUCAGGACCAGGUCUUCGGAAAGACCUGCUCCCAGAUUUAAUUAUAAAGUUUGAAUUAGAACAGUUUCCCGGCAAUUUCUUUGAUAUCAAGUAUAUCUGUUCAGAUGCUUUAUCUUUGUUUUAAAAGAAAAAAAUAUAUAUAUAUCUAAACCCCUUGAUAUCAGUGUCAAGGUUUGGCAUAAUAUGAUUACGAAGCAGAGUGUAAACAUCUUAAUGCGUGUGGUCACCUGCCAGGAUCAGAAAUAGCAAGGCUUAUGGGCCAAGGUCAGCUGCGGGAUUAUCGAGCAUCCGAUACAUGAGUAGAUAAACCAGCCUAAAAAUAAAUACACCAUAUAAUAGCAGAUGAGAGUUCUAGACUACCUGACUUUCACUAGAUCCCUGCUUUUUAUUAUAAAACAGUUCAGUAAUAACACGAUAAGGACUGUCUGUACCCAACAAAAUCGUGAAAGCAUUAACAGAAGAACUUAAAGAAAGGCAUAGUUGGGAGAGCCGCGACCGGAUUUACAUUUCAUGUGCCUGCAAGCGUAUAAUUCUCAGGUGUGCCUUUGUCCAUGCAGAAGAAAUACAGGAAGAACUUCAUAUCUCAGCAAAUGGGAGAAGAAAAAAAAAAAAAUCACUAAAUCUCAGAAGGAAAGGAUAGAUAAAAAUAUAUCAAAUGCAAAAAGCGCACAUGUGUAGUAGGGAAAGUGCCGUGGAACACAGGUUCCUGUAGGCAGCUGCGUAUGGGCAAGUCCAGCCCCAGAGAGAGUUGUACUGAUGUUUGAGUUGAACUGUCCUCAGAUCUUCAAGGAUUGUAAUAUGCCGAUGCAAGGAAUGAUUAAGGUUUAAUAGCGUGAAUUAUUUAUCAGAGACACUCUUCCUCUUGUUUCAGGAAGCCCUGUGUAUAAUCUUUAUGCUCUGUGCAAUCACUCGGGCAGUGUGCACUAUGGGCAUUACACGGCUUACUGCAAAGACCAGUCUGGGUGGUUUGCCUACAACGAUGCAAGGUGAGUUCUCAAUGUACUCUUUUAUACAGGCUGUUAUUGUUCACUUUUAAAGGGUUGCCAUCACUUAUCUGGAAUUUGCACCAUUAAAUAGAACCUUAAAAAACAUCUAAAACUGUGUUAAAGGGACACUCCAGUGCCAAGAAAACAAAUCGUUUUCCUGGCACUGCAGGUCCCCUCUCCCUUCCACCCCCCAUCCCAUGUUGCUGAAGGGGUGGUUUAGGGUCCGUCGGCGGGGGAGACCUAAUGCGCAUGCGUGACAAUGCCGCCCACGCACAUUAGACCUCCCUAAAGGAAAGCAUUAAAAAUGCUUUCCUAUGGGGUUUUAACGACACUGGAGGUCCUCACAUAGCGUGAAGACGUCCAGCGAUGCUAUAGCACAGAAAAUCUGUGCUAUAAACCAGGAAGUGCCCUCUAGUGGCUGUCUAGUAGACAGCCACUAGGAGGAGUUAACCCUGCAAUGUAAUUAUUGCAGUUUAUGAAAACUGCAAUAAUUACACUUGCAGGGUUAGGGGUAGUGGGAGUUGGCACCCAGACCACGCCAAUGGGCAUAAGUGGUCUGGGUGCCUGGAGUGUCCCUUUAACAUUUAUUUCAUGUGAUGGUCCUUAUUUUUUUUUUAUUUUAUUUUUUAAUUAUCAAAAAAUUUAGCUGUUGACAUUUGAAACCAGUGUAGUUCUGGCAUAGCCAAGGCACACCAUGCAAAUCAGGAGAAGAAACAGACACAUUUUUUUUGUUUUUAUUUCUCCUCAUACACUUACCAUAUUCAGUGACAGAAAAGGCAUUGAUUGACAGAGCCAAUAUGAUUUGUUUCUAGAUCUAAUUUUAAUUUUCAGAUCUCACACACGCGUUAAGUAUAUGUAGACAUAAUAUUAAAACAUUUCUGGAAAGUGAAGGUUCCCCAUUUAAAAUGAUCCAGACAGCAGAUCCAGAAUUCACCAUUCAAGCUAGUAUUAUUACGCUUUAUUUACUUAACUCUUUAAAUGAUUUACCACUUUUUGCAUUACCAGAGUGUCACCCGUCGGCGAAAGCCAGAUUACGUCCAGCGAAGGUUAUGUUCUCUUUUAUGAAAUGGAAGACGCAUGUUGGAAAUAA